AUGUCUUCAUUAGCAGAGGCAGACUUCCGCUGCAAGCAUGGAGACACUAUCUGUGAGAUCCGUGUGUACGAGCAGGAGGUGAUCAUCGUGCCCAUCUUUCUGCUGGCCAUCUUCCUGGUCACUGUGGUUUUCAUUUUCCUGCUGCACUUUUGUCCAGAGAAAGUCGAACGCCUCCGUCCGCAGGUCUCAAAGUCGACCGCCAGGAGAGCGCUGCAUGGCAUCGAUGCUCCACCAGGUAUCAAUGUCAUGGAGCAUGAAAGCAUCGCUCUGGACGUGCCCAGUUCCUACUCCACCUUCCACCCCCCGAACAAUUACCUCUCCAAAACCCUCUCUGUGUCGGUGGACAAACCCCCUCUUCCACCCAACCACCCACCGCAGCCCUCCAAGCCCAGUUUCAUUCCCAUCGCCCAGCCCAGAGAGUUGCCCCGUCAGAGGCUCCCCGAGUCCUUCAACCUGGUCACACCUCUGCCUGUUGCCUUCUCCCUGCGCUCCGAGACCUCCGUGUCCCUCUACAGGGCCCGAAUGGAAAACAGGAACGUGGUGCUGAGAGUCCUGAACGACACCGCAGAUGCCGAAGAAAGACACAACUUCCUGGGCUUUGCGUCCUUCUUGUCGCAGCUGGGACCCCAUCCCUUCCUGCCAGAGCUUCUCGGUGUGGUUUCACUUCGAGCUCCGCUGGUUACAGUUGUGGAAGAGCUGGAGAACAGAGACCUGCUCAGCUUCCUGUGGAGAUGCAGACAGGAACAUGUGGAUCCUCCAUGUGAGAUGACUGAGAGACGGAUAUUUACCAUGGCCAAACAGGUGGCCUCAGCUCUGGAGUUCCUGCACAGCAAAGAUCUUCUUCAUGGACAAAUUCGUGCUCGCAGCAUUCUGGUCACCAAGGAGUACACUGCCAAGCUUUGGGGCCUGCAUGGUGUCUACACAAGGAAGAACCAGGGAGCCACUAAGAAAGAUGAUGCCAGCAUGAAGAAAUGGCAGGCACCAGAGGUGUUGGCUAAGAGAACGGCCGGGAUGAGCAGCGACAUCUGGUCACUUGGCAUAUUACUGUAUGAAAUGGCAACAUUGGGUGAAGCUCCAUUUGCAGAAAUCUCAGUUAAUGAGCUUCUGCAGUUUCACCAACGAGGGAAAAGUCUGAAAAAGCCUUCCAACUGUUCCAACACGCUAUACGCCACCAUUAAGGGUUGUUGCCAGUGGAAGGAUCAAGAACGACCCACUUUGGCUGAGGUGAGCCGCAAGCUUCUCUCAGGAGAGAAAAGUGCCUCCGACAAAGUGCUCAAGGCGCCUACGACGGUUAACAUUGAGCAGUACCUGCGGGAAGCAGGAUACGGGGAAACCAACAGCUACACUGUUUUCUGAUCACUGCUUGUGCCAGCAAAAUGAAUUGCACUAUUCUCCUCAUUGGUGCACUUCUACAAAACAAUAUAUUUCAGGUGCAAUGAAAGAGUUCUUAACUUUGUUUAUGAGAGCUUUGGAAACUAAAAUUGUACUUUUAUUUUGGUAUGUAUUCUCUUACUUCUGGUUCCUACAAACGUGUGCUAAAUACUUACUUUUGGGAACCAUUUAUUUCCAUUUAGGUAAGACCUCAUUCAUACGCGUCUUCAUCUGUCGAGGCAAUACCUAAAUCUUUCAGGUUCAGUUGGAGAAAUACAACCAGUAAAUAAAGAUGUGUAAACUUGACCAAUGUACAGCCGCUGCAUCCUGAACCUGUAGUCGACACUGUCAAUUUAUGACGGUUAACAGAUCUUGUUUAUAACCUAAAGCACAUUUAUAUUAACAGAUGUAAUAUAUCAUUUGGCAGUUGUGGAAAUGAAGAGCACAUAAAUGUAUAUAAGCUUUUAUUACACUCACUGUCUUCUCUAAGAGCGCAGUUCAUGUGAACAUCUACAAGUAAGAAAUUAACUCAAACUGUUUAUACAAAUUGAAAUGUGAAUAAAGAUAUAUCAAGUCCUA